CGCCGGCCAGUCAAUCAGCGGCAGAGCUGAAGAGGGCACAGCGGUGCGGCCGAGGGCAGAGCGAGCCGAGCCGAGUCGAGCUAUCAGGGCGGACCAGCGCCGGGCAGCCCGAGCCGCGCGCCGCGAGCGCCCGCCGCCGCCCCUCACGCCCUCCUCGGCCCCCGCGGCGCCUGCCACCUUCCCCUCCUUCCCCGCGCCCCUGUCCCGCCUCCGGUCAGCCCGCCCCGAUCGCUGCCCCCGCGGAGCCGGGAGGUCACCGGCCCGCGCCUCCGCUCCCCUGGGCCGCGCACCGCCUCCACGCCCUCCUCCUCCUCCCCGGGCUGGGCGCCUGGCACCGGGGACCGUUGCCUGACGCGCGAGGCCCAGCUCCACUUUUCGCCCCGCGUCUACUCCUCCUCCUGCUGCUCUCCUCCUCCUCGUCCAACUCCUCCAACUCCCCUCGCCCUCAGACUCCGCUCGCGAGUCCCCGACUCCGCGCCCGCCCGCCACUUUCCGUCCCGUCCCGAAGGUGGGAGCGCGUCCGCCCCGGCCGGCACCAUGGCACGGUUCGUCUUGCCCGCGCUGCUCUGCACCCUGGCCGCGCUCAGCGCCGCGCUGCUGGCUGCCGAGCUCAAGUCGAAAAGUUGCUCGGAAGUGCGACGUCUCUACGUGUCCAAAGGCUUCGACAAGAACGAUGCCCCCACGCACGAGAUCAACGGUGAUCAUUUGAAGAUUUGUCCCCAGGGUUAUACCUGCUGCUCCCAAGAGAUGGAGGAGAAGUACAGCCUGCAAAGUAAGGAUGAUUUCAAAAGUGUGGUCAGUGAACAGUGCAAUCAUUUGCAAGCUGUCUUUGCGUCCCGUUACAAGAAGUUUGAUGAAUUCUUCAAAGAACUACUUGAAAAUGCGGAGAAAUCCCUGAAUGACAUGUUUGUGAAGACAUAUGGUCACUUGUACAUGCAAAAUUCCGAGCUAUUUAAAGAUCUCUUCGAAGAGUUGAAGCGCUACUAUGUGGCGGGAAAUGUGAACCUGGAAGAAAUGCUGAAUGACUUCUGGGCCCGCCUCCUGGAGCGGAUGUUCCGCCUGGUGAACUCCCAGUACCACUUCACAGACGACUAUCUGGAGUGCGUGAGCAAGUACACGGAGCAGCUGAAGCCCUUUGGAGAUGUCCCUCGGAAACUGAAGCUCCAGGUCACUCGUGCAUUUGUAGCAGCCCGCACUUUUGCUCAGGGCUUAGCAGUUGCAAGAGAUGUAGUGAGCAAAGUCUCGGUGGUAAAUCCCACAGCCCAGUGUACCCAUGCCCUGUUGAAGAUGAUCUACUGCUCCCACUGCCAAGGUCUCGUGACUGUGAAACCCUGUUACAACUACUGCUCCAACAUCAUGAGAGGUUGUUUGGCCAACCAAGGGGAUCUUGAUUUCGAGUGGAACAAUUUCAUAGAUGCUAUGCUGAUGGUGGCCGAGAGGUUAGAGGGUCCUUUCAACAUUGAAUCGGUCAUGGAUCCCAUCGAUGUGAAGAUUUCGGAUGCUAUUAUGAACAUGCAGGAGAACAGCGUGCAGGUGUCUCAGAAGGUUUUCCAGGGAUGUGGACCCCCUAAGCCUCUCCCAGCUGGUCGGAUUUCCCGUUCCAUCUCUGAAAGUGCCUUCAGUGCCCGCUUCAGACCCUUUCACCCCGAGGAGCGCCCAACCACAGCAGCUGGCACUAGUUUGGACCGACUGGUUACUGAUGUCAAGGAGAAACUGAAACAGGCCAAGAAGUUCUGGUCCUCUCUUCCUAGUAACGUCUGCAACGAUGAGAGGAUGGCUGCAGGAAACGGCAAUGAGGAUGACUGCUGGAAUGGCAAAGGCAAAAGCAGGUACCUGUUUGCAGUGACAGGAAACGGAUUAGCCAACCAGGGCAAUAAUCCGGAAGUCCAGGUUGACACCAGCAAACCGGACAUACUGAUCCUUCGUCAAAUCAUGGCUCUUCGAGUUAUGACCAGUAAAAUGAAGAAUGCUUAUAAUGGGAAUGAUGUGGACUUCUUUGAUAUCAGUGAUGAGAGCAGUGGAGAAGGAAGUGGAAGUGGAUGUGAGUAUCAGCAGUGCCCUUCGGAGUUUGAGUAUAAUGCAACUGACCACUCUGGGAAGAGUGCCAACGAUAAAGCCAGCAGCGCUGAGGUCCCCGCUGGGGCCCGGCCCUACCUCCUCACUGUCUUCUGCGUCUUGGCCCUGGUUAUGCAGAGAGAAUGGAGAUAAUUCUCAACCUUAGAGAAAAAGUGUUCAUCAUCAAAAAGUUAAAAAGGCACUGGUUAUCACUUUUAUACCAUCCUAGUGACUUUGCUUUUUAAAUGAAUGGACAACAAUGUACAGUUUUUACUAUGUGGCCACUGGUUUAAAAGAUGCUGACUUUGUUUUUUUCAUUCAGUUUUGCGGGAAAAGGGGACUUGUACGUAAGGUCAGUCCUGCUCCCUCAGAAUCAUGUUAAAUGUGGCUAACAGUGUAGGUACAGAACUGUAGUUAGUUGUGCAUUUGUGAUUUUUAUCACUCUGUUUGUUUGUUUUUUUUGUUUUGUUUUGUUUGUUUGUGGGUUUUUUUUUUCUUCAAUACGGUCUCACCUUGUUUCUUACAAGAAAACCAGGGUCCUUUCUUGGCAUGUAACAUGUAUGUAUUUCUGAAAUAUUAAAUAGCUGUACAGAAGCAGGUUUUA